AUGGCGUUGCUGCGGUGUCGGCAGCACGGAGACCCACUGCAGGGGCACCCGGCUACCUGCCUCAGGCCGCUGUCAUUGCUCGGCAACGCCACGCUCAGGAAAUCUGAAAAAGAAAAAACUUUAACGAGGAUGCGAGGUGUAUGGUGGAGCGCUUUCGCGCUCCUGCUGCUGGUAGUGGCUACAAGUGCCCUUCGUACCGCCCAGGUAGAUGGUACACCGCGUUUCAGCAGGCGACAUCAGAAUCCCGAUGGCGGUCCUACAAGUACAAGUAAAUCAGAAGAUGUAUCGCCCACGUCUAGAUCUAGAGUAUCAAGAAGACGAGAAGAGAUUCAACCAAGAAACAAUUCAAGAACGAGCAGAAGCAGAAGCCGUCCAACUGAAACACCUGUCUCUGUAACAGAAAAAACUCAAUUCCAAUCUGAACAUACUGGGCGAUUUGAUUCCAGAAGAAGUCGAACACGCAGCAGACCUGUCGUAAAUGAAGAAAGUUUCGAUACAACUAUUAAUAAUAGAAAGAAUCAAGCAACAGGUAGAUCGCGACAGAGCAGUAGAUUCGUAUCUUCAUCACCAACACCGAUUCCUUUACUUAUUACCUCGCCGACUGUAGAAAAUAUACGCAAAGAUUUUACGGAUGUUGCACUUAACGAUAUAACAAAAACAAUAUCAAAAGACACAAGUGAACCAAACACACAAAUAAGACGGAGAAGUUCAACUAGCCGAACAAUUGAAACUAUAACUACUCCUAGAGGUCGUGGACGUGUCAAUAGACGUACGAAUAUUCGGGCACUGGAUUUAGAUGUUGCAGGAACAGCGAAUGCGUUAUCGACUGCUCCUAAAGAGCCGACUACUGUAAGGACUGGUGAUUUAAGAAACUCAAGAAAAUUAAGAUACAAAACAAGACAAUCUGAAAUAGACACAAAUUUAACCGGCGAAGGAAUUACAACUUCAAACGAACUAAAAUCUAGUCAAAUGAGAGAAAAUAUUACUAGUCAAUCAGAUUUGAAAACGUUUACUCGGUUCACAACAGAAAAAAGUAUCAGGCUGACUACUGAAACGGUUUCUUUAAAAACGAGUACUCAAAAAAACACAAAAGUUAUCAAGCGUCCAGUCGGCAGAAGUAAGCCAAAGUCUUCUGUGACUGCAGAAAAAUCAAAAGUAUCAGAUGAGAUUAAAGACGAUGAUAACUAUCCUGAAACUUUUAAAGCUUUGAUCCAAGCUAAAAAUGCAUCGACACAAGCCAGCUCUCCAUCCAGCGAGAGUUUGUCAGUGAAAGCAUCCCAAAAAGUUUUUAAAACUUACAACACAUCUUCACAAUCCAUAAGCACGGCUCCUGACACAGAAAAUAAUUCAAGGACACCUAACUUUCAGCUACGCAGUAAAUUAAACAAGGACGCUAAUAACAACGAUACGGGUACUGAAGAAGAAAAAAUAUCAAUAGAAACUACACAAAAACCUGAACAGACAAAGCCUAAAUCUGCCGAAUAUCGUUUACGUGGAUCAUAUAAUAUACCGAGAAGUAAAAAAUCAAACUCAUUUACAUCUCCUUCAACUUUUAGUCCAAACACUGAGAGGACAUAUAAAUUUCAAAGGAAAGUGAAAUCAACAACAACGGAAACACCAAAAAAUGAAACUUCCAUUGAUAGUAAACGUAAUGAACUUAAUUUAUCGUUUAAAAAACCUGUAAUACGUUCAUCUUUGUACUUAAGAAGAAAUACUUCAAAAAAUUUCAACACGAGUUCGGAACCUUCCGUAAAAGAUUUACUUAAAAAUAAGGAAGUAAAGUCUGUUUUUAGGUCAAAACAAUUGCUACCAAGGACUUCUUAUUAUUCGAGACUAAGAAAUAAUGGAUUGACAACAACAACAACAACGAUGGGGACUGAAUCAAGUAUAAAUGAAAUAACAGAACAAAUUGCAAUAGCAGCUAAAAAAGUAGAAAAUACAGCGGAAUUGCCUAUAAUUUUUACCGGUGGCACUUCUAAAGAACCAGACAAUUCAAAUAUACAAGGCAGCAGUAAUUUUAUUAUUACUGUGAACAGUAAAGAAUCGUCAGAAAAUGGCACUGAAAAUGAGGUAAUAAGCAAACCUGAAGAAAGUGAGAUUAAACCAUUUAUUAGCAGCAUUGCAACGACUCAAAAGUAUCAUGCUACUUACAAAGAAAAAAAUAAUGACAUUUCUAUAACAGAUAAGGAAAAAAUAACUAUAACACCACCCAUACGAAAUAUUCGAACUCGAAAAUAUAGUCGAAGAUCAUCGAAACCAAAAGAAGACACUGCUGUUGUGACACCUAAAUCUAAAGAGAGGAGUUUAAGAAAAUACAGUGACACUUUUUCUAAAACAACGGAGACUUCAUCAAAUGGCAUAAUAGUUGGUCCUGACAAACAAAAAAACAAAUUCAGUUCAAAAUAUCGAGCAUCAUACCUCGAUAAACCGUUUUAUAAACCCACAGUACCCACAAUAACACCACCUUCUACAGCUUGGCUGAAAUUCUUCGUGACUGACCAUCUUUUGUCAAAGUCCGUAGAGGAGCCAGUGUGGUUCGACGAAGAAGACUUUUCUGAUGUUACAACAGAACAGAUGUCAAGACAAAACACAUCGUCGUCGACAUGCAUGCAUGAAACUGCCAUUGAGCCGGGAGAAGAAAUACAAAUAGGGCCAGACGUGAACGCAAUAUCUUUUACUAAGUCACGAAGUCCACUAACCUCCGCUGAUUUAAGACUUUCCGAAAACCUUGCGAAGUCAUUACAAAUCAUGAAUGUUGAAGCGUCACAUCAUUCACCCUCAGUUACUGUAUCAAUUUUUGAUGCUUUAGCUGAAAUACUUACGUCUACACCUAGACCUCAUAUUUCCUCAACAACAGAAGUAAUGCCAAAACAAAAUCCUAAUAACGAUGUUAAACAAACCUUUGUUGGAGUGAGUAGCAAUGUUAAUAUAAAUAGUGUCAAGGGUUUCACGAGUCAAGACACCUUUGUGUCAGUGGAUAACGUAAACACUAUUGCUAAAUCUGUACAGACCACUGAACAACCUUCACCAAAUGUAUCUAACCGUACGGUAGUUGGGGAAAUGACGACACAAUCACACAAUUAUGAGAUCAAGGAAACUCCUCCUUUAAAUACACCUCCGAUUUCCCCUACUCCUACCCUUCCUCCUUCUACACCUGUAUCCGCAAGAAAACCUUUUGCUAUAAAAGUAUUAUAUGCAGAUACUGAACCUACAACAGACAAAACGACUGCGGCAAUGACUACAUAUCAGCCAUCGACUGAAAGCUCUACAAUGGUAUAUAAUACACUAUCAGACUUUGUUUUUUCUAAUAAAAAAAUAGUCUCUCCUGAUUUAACGAGCAUGCUUUCAAAUAAUAUAAAAAAUAUUAUUCAAAAUAUGGAUGAGGAUAGUAGAGCAAAACUUUCAGUAGAUAUGGUAAAAUUAAUAAAAUCCCUUAUUCCUAAAUUAAGUAGGCCUUUAAAAUUGCAAGAUGACAUUGACUUUGUUCCCAAUACAACUCCUUACAGUUUGGAAGAUAUUAAAGAUACUGAAAACAUUGUUAUAAAUAACAAAAAUACCAUAAGCGAUUCCGACUUAAAUAUCUUCCAAAAUGCUGGGGAUAAUAACAAUGUAAAUAGUACAGAAAAAAGUAUCGAUUCAUUAAUGACAACAACAGAAAUUACUACUGCUGUAAAUAUGACCUCUUCACCUGAAAACCAAAAUGCACCUACUGUGUCUGGAACUCUAACUACAUCUUCAUCAGUAACAAUCGACAUGCCAAUGUUUACAUCAACUGAAAAUAACUCCAUAAAAACGACUAAUUCACAAGUUGAGUUUUUAGCUUCCACCGAAGCAAAUAAUGAACUCGCUGUUAGUACUCCAGGCACAGUUUUAAAUUCUAUAAAUAGCAAUAUAAAUUUGAUUUCACGUGUAAAUAUUGAAUCUGCUAACAAACCUGCCACAGUUCCUUUCCUUACCGACAUUGAGUUGAGUGACUUCGCAGAAAAUAACUCCGAAUUAUCGCGUACUAAUUUGUUACAAUCAAGCCCUGCUCUAACAAUGGCUUCUUUGCAAGAAAAAGAAGUCGAAGAUAUAGAUAACAUAGAUGAUCCAAGUCAAUUAUCAAGGCUUCAGUUAUGGAUUCUUUCAAAAAAAGCAAGAGUCUUAAAAAUGAUUGAAGAAAUAAUUCGUAACCAUAACGAGGAAAUAGCAAAUGCUCCUUUGGCUGAACAGAUAAACGACAAUAAUGCUAAUAAUAAUUCUCUUUCUGACCGAUUGACUGAGAUAACUAACACAAUGACUUUAACAAGCACUAGCCCUAGCGAUUUAAGUAGGGAAAGUGUCUCGUUGACAACGCAGAGAACUAAUAUUGAAACAACUAUACCUUCUUCAAAUCCUUCCUUGUCUUCCUCCCAAAAUAAUGUGAAUACAAUUACGACUGAAAGUCUUUUUACAAAUUCACAAACGAAAAUGUCUAGUAUUUCACUGACAACUACACCUAUGUCACAUGACACUGCUUCAACAAUUUCACAAGAAUUUGAAGUAACAGCUUCCCAAACUGCUAGUGACAUAGCUGACGCUUUCUCUAGUACUACACCUGUAGCUGUUACUGAACCAACUAUGACUGAAGGUUUGAUAAAAAGCCUCGAAAUUUUGGAGACAACAACGGCAAAUAUAGACAAAGAUUUUAAAGGCAAUAUUGCAACAAUUACUACAACUUCAAACAUUGAGCCAGAAACAAUCACUGAUUUAAUGACUGAAAGUAAUGUAGAAACAACGACAGCAUCAGGUACUGAAUCAACAACUAAAGUUACAUUAUUAAAUGAGACUAAAGCAAAUGAUCUAAAUACAAUUAGCAAUGAAAUCAACGUCGCUACUACACCAUCCAUUCCAAAAAAAGAUUAUGUCAUUUUUGGAAUACUUCCUAACAAUACCGUGGUACGUAAAGACCCUAACGAUGAUCCAUUGGAAACAUUAACUGAAGCGAGUCCAUACAUCAUUUACGGCGUACUGCCAAAUAACACAGUAAUACGAAAAUUUCCUAAUGGAACUAGAGUACCACGAAUCAUGCAAAAAAUUGACAUACUACCAAUUAGUCCAUGGAGCUUAAGAAAUCCAUAUAGCCCCAUCCAUAACAUUCCGGCCAUUGUCAGACCGCAGUCUAACCCUAUCCGAGUAUCCACUAAUAUUGUGACAUCCAACGAUACCUCAAAUAACGGAUCAGAAAACCAAUUAACUACCGACACUGUAAAUAACCUACAAAUUACGAUUUCAUCGGCACUUAAUAUAACAGAUAGCAGUUCAUUGAAUAUAACUACCUCCAUAAAUAAGCCGCCUGCUGAAAAAAGCACUGCCUCGCAUGUUUUAAGUUUACGCACAACUACAACGUUACCUUCUAUCGAUGAGAUUCUGCUUAAUAGCAUAUCUUCGGCCACUAAAGAGGAGAUGGUCAUAUCCUCAAUGACAAGUUCUACUCGUGAACCAAGAAUAUUAACACUGGAUAUCGAUCCGGAGACAAAACAAAUUCGCACUGAAAGACCAGAUGAUGGAAACGGAAACACUGUAUUUAAAUUCAUACCCAUUGAUGAAGUAACUGUAUCAUCACAAGAAUCAAACGUUUUGAAACUAGUAUCUACUAAAAUGGCAAAGUUAACAAACAAUGAAAUUGUGCAAUCUACUACAUCUCAAUAUAAUACACAUACAACACGAGUUCAAAAUAACAUAAAUGUUAAUGGUCAAACGACGACUACUCAGACUGUACCAAUAACGGCAACUGAGACGACAAUGAUGCCUCCGGAGCUAUCCGUAAUGAUAAACAAUGUACCUACAGAGAUUACAACUCUUAGUCCUGAAAGUUCUCUACCGACUGCAACUAUUGAAACUGUCACAAGUUCAAGUCCUAUAACAAACCCUCCAUUGGUUUCAUCUGCUGUGGAACAACAAAGUACAACAACAUCUGAUCAAACGACAACAACACGUUCAACAAUGACUGAAGUUUCAACAACUGGCACAACCCCUGUUAAUGAAAUAUUUUUGUUAACAACGAUAAUUCCUACUACUCUUCAAACAACAAGCUUAAAUCCACCGACAGUAACGGCAACAACGACACGUCCUACGACAAGUAUUUUGGAAACUGCAGCGUCUAAUCAGAGAGAUGCUGAUCUUCUUCAAUCUUUGUUACAACAAAUUGGACGCAAUCCUAAAAAAUUAAAUAACUUUAGUAGUAACAAUCAAGUACCAGUAAAUAUUCAACAGAAUGAUAGCGCUAAGAUUCUACAAGCUAUUCUUUCGGGAGGUGCAUAUAACUUUGGUAACAUUAAAAAUGCCAAUGAAAAUAAACUAUUGACGACGACGACAACAAUGCGAUCAAUCGAAGACGACAUUCGUCAAUUUGAAGAAGAUACUAAAUUACUUAAAGCCCUUUUACUAGCCACAGGACGUAACCCAGCGGACCUUAAUUUACCGAAUCUAGACAACAUAAAACCGACUACUCCUACAACCACUACGACUACUCCUACAACCACUACGACUACUAGUACUACAACUACAAACGUUCCAACACCUACUACAACUACUUUGAAUACUAUAACAACCGAUAGAACAUCAACGUUGUCCUUUAGCGAGGACCUAAGAAAAUUACAAGAAGAUACAAGACUUUUACAAGCGUUAUUGCAAGCUACUGGUAAUCAAAACGUUGCCAGCUUACCAAUAAUAUCUGGAAUAACAUCAAAUGUUAGAGUUGCGUCAAAUCCUUUAACUACAUCAAUACAAUCAAAUCCUUCAACUCCUAUUAAUAUUCGUCCUGUAUUUACAACUCAAACGUCACCAGUAUUCAAUAGCAUUACGCCUAGAACUGUCACUGAUUCUACGUUACAGCCGCAACAACAAACAACGGAAGAAAUAAGAAUAUCAACUACGUUUCAACCUUUCACCGAAAGAUCUACCACAACCAAACGAAGUGUCAAUGACGCUUUUACUACAACUCAACGUACCCAAACUUCAAGAUUCCGAAUUACAACUGAGAUCCCGAGUACGUCAACUUUUUCAGAUGAAGAAGAUAUUCUUUUUCUGCAAAACUUGAAAUCAGUUUUGAGUACAACAAAUGGUGGUGAAGAUCCUGAAACAGCACUUGCAAAUCGAGUAAUAGCUCUUGCAGUAGAAAGGAGUUUAAAUGAAAUACAAUCUGGAAAAACGGGUGAUGCCUCAACGACAAUUAGACCCACAACUUCUACAACUGCUUCAACAACGACAGCCACUUCAACACAUCCAACUACAAGAGAUACCACAUUAAAGACACCGUCAAUAGAAGAAGAUAUUAAGCAGUUCGAACAAGACACAAAGUUAUUACAGGCAUUGCUGAAAGCAACUGGUCAAGAUCCAUCUAAAUUUAAUAUACCAACAUUGCCUAGUACUAAUACACCCGGUGCCUUUACAAUUGAGUCUACGACAGCCAAGCCUUACGGAGCUAAAAUAGCAGUAAAAGAUGAGUUAAAAAAUGAAAACGACGAUGCACAGUUAUUACAAACUUUAAUAAAAUUACAAGACGCACAAGAAACAACUACGCAAAGAAGUAAAUUAGCGAUUACAGGGCAAUCGCCCGACGAAGCACUGAAAAAACUAUUGAACCAAGCUCAACCUACUGGAAUGGUUUCUGAAGCGACUAAAUCUUCAAUUUCAUUAAGCACUGAAUAUGGAAACAGCAAUGACGCUUUAUUGGCUGCAUUAUUAAAGGAACAAGGCUUUGGACCAACAACGGCAAGUUCAUUGGAUGAACAACUUCGACUGGCUGCUUUACUCAACCAAGUGGUAGUGACACCGAAGGCUAGGAGAACAACAACGCCGCCACCACCGCCGCCUGCGCCACGAAGACCAAUAUUAGAUGGUCUUGCGUGGCUCUGGCAACAGUGGCGAGAAACUGCGCCAGGUCCAGAUGUAGCCAGACCAAACAGAAGGCCUGCCUCAUCAGCUGGGCCAUCUAUAACGCCGUCUGCAGCAACAAGCUCAAGAGUCAACUGGUUUGGAUCCGGGCCUUUCGUUGGUAACGCCGACGAAAGGCCAGCAGCAAAUAGAAUACCCCUGGAGCCCCCAAGCGUUGUGACGACAGAUCAAGGUCCCGGUAGAGGGCAGCUGGUUUCAGCGGCCAUCAACGUGACUCGAGCAUUCUCGCAGUUCUUGGGGGCUGCAAUACAGGGAGCAGCCCAAACAGUUCAAAGUGUCAUACGAGCAGGUCAGAGGGCUGCGUCGGACGUUUACACGAACGGCUCGGGGUAAAACUGCCAUGGACUCGAAACUUUUCCGAAAGUGUCAUAGUACGCACUAUGUGUUGCGAGCGCUCAAAUGUACAUAGUUACUUUUAGUUAAGAGCCUCUCGUUAAGUUGUAGACAACGAAAUUGUUACUGUUGACAAACCAAAUUAGUUAGUUAAUAAUCGUUUGUUAAUGAAACUGCCAAAUUUUGUGGUAGAUUAUUUUAAUAUAAUGUUGAUGUAUCAUAGAGAAGUGGCUGUUUUAGUUGUGUACUAUAAAAAAAUGAAUAAUGUUGUUUAAGAGUUGUAUUAAAUGUUUCUUGCAUUAUA